AUGGAUGUACAUUUGUCAAAAAAACCAGUCACUUACCAUAUUAGUGUUGUGUUUCUUUUUCUUCUCUUUGGUAUCUUUAUUGAGCUGCUAAGAAAACUAGUCUUCGUGGAUUUCUUUCAAAAGUACUUCAAGCGUCACAUGCAACAAAGAAUCAGUUUUAAAUCGAAGUUUGCAUCUCUUCAGAUUUCUUAUAUUAAGAAAUCAAGAAAAAUGAGCAACAAAAUGGGUAAGCUUCUGAACAAUGUCAUAUCCAUAAAGCAGGUUGAAAACUCAUUCAUUACUGUGGAUGAAGAAGAGAAUUACUUCACUCCCUCCAAUGAUAUUGAGAUGGAACAGUGCCUCUCCCUGAGUUCUGAAACUGACGAUGACAGUACCCUAGCUUAUGUCUGUGAAAUCUGUGUUGAGCCAAGGACCCUGGAUAUCUCUUUCAACAUCAAAGGUUGUGCCCAUUUUUGCUGCGUUGAAUGCACAGUCAAGCACAUCGAAUCAAAGCUUGAUGAUAACGUGACCUGGAUUCCAUGUCCUUUAACAAAUUGUCAGGGGCUUUUGGAGCCUGAUUUUUGCCGUGGUAUCCUCCUAAGGGUUUAA